UCGUGAAUCUCUGUUCUCAGCUGCUGGGCCUGUGGCAUGUCGUCAGGGAGAGGGACUACGACAUUCCGGGCCUGGAGGGCGUGAAGUGCAGCCACAACCUCCUACAGCAGGGAGAGAAUGGUGACAUCAACAGCCUCUACAUGUACUACAACACCACGCGCGGGAGCUACAUGAGCAGCAGGAACACUAUGAAGAGGGAGACACCUGGCAGCACGGACGGAAAGCUUCUGGUGGUAUUGGGCUCCCAGCAACUGCUGGCCAAGUACUACGUGCUCAAGACGGACUACGACAACUAUGCCACGGUGUGGAUGUGCCGGACUAAGCCCGCCGGAGAAGGAGACAUUGAGGUCGCGGUGGUGUUGUCGCGCCAGAGGACACUGAGCGAGCCCCUCCUGACCGAGGCUAACGCUGCACUGCCGCCAGGCCUCACCUACAGGGAUGCCAACCAAUCAGACUGCCCGGAGCACGACCACGAGGGACACGAGCACCACCAAUAGGCGCCCAGCUCCAUCACCACAACUGCAGUGCGGCGAUAAGCAUGGCUGCCGGGAACACGAACGGAAGCUUCUCGUAUUUACUCUCCUUGUAUUACAAAUGUUUACAAAUAAACAUACAUAUUGCUUAACUUUAA